AUGGCAGGCUUCGAACGAAACAGAGCAAACUACGAUGGGUCUACACCCAACCGAUAUGGAAGCAGGCCCUGUGUCAACUUGCCGGCCAUGCCUGCGCAAUGGGCUGCCGCCCCUCCCAAUGGCUAUUAUGCGGCCUCUGCCGAACCAGAUGCGAUGUCUCUGAACAACUAUUUUCCCAGCCUACCAGCGACGCCUCAAGUCAACCUUCCAGCGAGACAAGCCCAUGCCCGCUAUCCUUCUAUUGCGCCACAACCGAUGGCCACUGAAAAUGAUCUCGAGGGACACCUUCGCGGUAUGAUCCUUAGCAAUGGCGUUCCAAAUGGGCCCUUGCCCUCAGAGACCGUCCAUAAUGGAAGCUAUGGCCCCCAGCAACGCGCUUCCAGGAGGCCAAAUCAAGCCCAAAGACGCCAACAAACGGUACAGUCGAACGUUAACGUCCCUUUUAAUGCUCCAACCAAUGGACAACCUCCCAAUCGAAUGUCUAGAGCGCCGGAUCCUUCUCAAGAUUUCCCACCAAGUCAAGGUGCAAAUGUGCAUUACCAACUUCCGCAUUUGCGGGCCCCCACCCGCCAACCAAGCCAGACGGGCAACGACAACCAGAAUCAAGGAAGCCACAAUUUCCCAGCACAGCGCCCCGUCUCUGCUUAUCAUACAGGAACUAUCCCGCAAAACCAGGCUUUCUCGGUAGGAAACCAACCCUACAAUCGGCCACCGCCAACAAAUAGACAGCUGUAUAACCCGGGUCCCUAUAGCAUGCAACCACAACAAGCCAGCCGUUCCCAGAGUCAGCCCUCCCGAGCAAGUCCAGAUACACAGGUCCGUUAUCUUGAAACCCUGGCACACGUUGAGAUACUUAAGGUGGAAAUCAGUCAGGAGGAAUACCUAGAGAAGCAAGUAUUACGGGAAUCUUUGGAACAGGUGUGCCGAAAAGUGGUGUCGGAGUAUGAGACACACCGAGACAGAAGUGCACCGUUUGUGUCUGAUAGUGUGGAGUUGAGAUGCUUUGGGAGCCUCAGUACAACGUUCGCUACGAAAUCGUCUGACAUGGAUCUGGUACUUGUCUCCCCUAUGUCAAAACCCGAAACAUCUUCGCCGGAUUCAGAUCUUCCGAGAUUGAUUGAGAAGACAUUGCUUGAUGUAGGCUACGGUGCGAGACUCCUCACGAGGACAAGAGUCCCAAUUAUCAGGUUUUGUGAGAAGCCAGCGCCUGAACUAGCGACUUUACUUCAGGCGGAGCGCAUAAAGUACGAGAAAGAGAGGGAUGUACCACCCCCAGAGGCCAAAGUUGGAAAAACGCCCAAACGAAAAGAGAAGCGUCUGGAGAAGCCCAGCACAAAUCUUCCUCAGGAUCGACCAAACGUGGCGGCCAACCAAGCAGUUGUUGAGGUUGAAGGCCUGAACGUCGCUAAAUUUGAAGAUAAUCAAGGUCACGAUACAUCUGAAGGCCCCAAAUUUUCGGGAUCAUCCCCAUCGGACACCACUCGAGCAAAGAGUGGAACCCCGCCUCAAGUAGAUGACGGCGGGAAAUCCAAGAAACCCAUGGAUGACCGGGAGCGUGACGACCCCAGCCUGGCUCACAAAUCUGAUUUGGAGCGAGCUCGCCUAUACAAACUCGCGAUGCAGGAUGGAUGGUAUGAAAUAACAGAGAGACAGGUCAUCAAACAUUUCCUUUCGGCGUUCGAGAGGCACGGUGUCCCAAAACCCAAGCACGCUCAACUCAAUGAGCUCCACAUCCAACCCUCUGACGGGCGUGAUCCCAAAUCCGAGGACGACGGGCAGCUCGAGAAGGCCCGUGCUGCGCUUCAAGACCUGCCGAACGUUCUUGGAAGAUAUCGCCCACCUCCGGCAGCCCACCCACUCGAUUUCCCAAAGGAUGGGGUAGGCAUCCAAUGCGAUAUCAACUUCUCGAACUAUCUAGCCCUACACAACUCUCAUCUGUUGAAGUGCUAUGCGUCUUGCGAUCCAAGGGUCCGCCAAAUGGUCCUUUUCGUCAAAGGGUGGUCCAAGAAGCGCAAGAUCAAUACUCCAUAUCAUGGGACACUUUCAUCUUACGGCUAUGUGCUCAUGGUACUGCAUUAUCUUGUCAAUGUCGCCAACCCGCCCGUUGCACCUAACCUCCAAACUUCGCCGCUGAUGCUGCAGGAUGAGAUGUCUGCCAAAGAAGUCUUGCUGGAGGGAUACAAUAUUCAAUUCUUCAGAAACGAAGAGAAGAUUCUCGAUCUCGCUCAUCGAGGGCAACUAACGUUCAAUCAGGAACCUCUUGGUUUACUACUGCAGGGUUUCUUCCACUACUUCGCUCAGCAAGGGUAUGGAUCCCCUUCUGGUGGCUUCGCUUGGACUCAAGAUACCCUGUCUUUGCGCACAAUUGGCGGCAUCAUACCCAAACAAGCGAAAGGAUGGACGGGCGCUAAAACAGAAACUGUUGACUUGAGUGGGCCGGGUCCCCAAACAAAGGAAAUUCGCCAGCGGUAUUUGUUCGCUAUUGAGGAUCCAUUCGAGAUUGACCACAACAUUGCACGGACAGUAGUACACAAUGGAAUCGUUGCCAUACGGGACGAGUUCCGGAGAGCCCACACAUUGAUACAAAACGCGGGCAUCUUUCCUGGGAAGGGCCCUAAAGACCUCUUUGCCGAAGCAGAGGAAAAGGACAAUCUCCAAUAUCGACCCUUCGGUCCGCGGCCUAGGAAAAAUAUGCCACCUGGUCAGAACGGGGCCAAAAAGGGUACCGGGCCUGUCUCUGAGCUCAAAGAUGGGCGUCCUACCACGGUCAAUACCAUGGCCAAGGAUACGGAGCAAAAGGAUGGUGGAGAUGGAGAGUCUGGUUUUCAUCGUUUGACUACAGCGUAG